AUGUAUGUUGAUGAUGCAGAUAUGGAACAGUCCAAAGCCCAAAAUGCACUGCCAGUUGGCGAAGGUCCUUCAGAUCCCCAAACAUUUUCGAAAGACUCAAAAGCCUAUCAGAUUGACUGUCGAACCCAGGCUGCCGUUAUACAGGCCCUAUUUAAUGCUUGCAUUACACCAGAAGUAAUCGAAGUUUCUUGCUCAUGCAUGUUGGCUCAGCUCUGUGAGGCUGAGGAGAAGAACGAGUCCAGUAUUGCCAAGGAGCAUGCGGUUUUGGCUGAAUUUGCCCGAUGUCUUGACCACAUCCUCGAGUCAGUUGACAAAUUGCGAAAUCUCCAAAAGUCGGCAGCUGAGUGCGGUACCCUGAGUGAAAGUGCCGUACACCCUUUAGUCCCGAUGGUCAGGCCACCCCAGUCUCUUCCUAUUGUCCCUGUUGAACAUCUUGGUUGUGAUUACAUAUACGCUGACCCCGGCCAGGCCUGUGCAACUGCUACCGGAGACUCGUUUAUGAUGGAACCACAAUUGCUCGAGUUCUCCUACAAGUCAGAUCCUGCAAUCUCGGAUGAGUUAAUUUACAAUGGAAAUGCAUUUACAGUUAACGAAGAUGUGGUUGCGGAGACACCUCAGAUUUGUAUGCAGCCCGGAGAAUUUGAUGAGAAAUGUUUCGGAAUAGUGGGGCCUGAUGGCCAGGUUUGCUCUAUGCCCUUCUGCUAUGAUGACGUGAGUGUAGUUAUUCUUUUGCGAGUGGUUAUUCUGCUGAGCCAACACACACCUAAGCUUCGGUUAGGUUUAAUGAUUUUAAACCUUUUUAAAUAA